CGAAACCCAGACGACUGGAAAGCAGAUGGCCUUGGAGUCUACAAAAACGAUGGAACUCAUGUUGUUGCGUAUUACGAGGACAAGAAUCCGGGAAUCCGCUGGAUAUCCAAAACAAAACCAGAAGAUUGCAAACGCUCCACAGUUCUUCUCAAGAGAACGUACUGGACGCACGUACAACAUCCUGAUUUCCGCAGAAGAGCUUAUGAAAUACUCAGAUAUAGUGGACACAGCUUUACGCCCGAGCGAUUCGUACUUUUACAGUACAGUUUCAGCGGAAAACCACAUGCGAUCACGACCACACCACACGGCAAUUCUAAGUCCGAGAAAGCUUUUACUCGCACCAAACCUGGAGUUUUGGAGUGCAUCAAGGGAAAGGUGAAAGGUUCUGCUCCUCCGUUCAAAGUGUAUGACAAAGUGUUUGAAGAGGCUGAGGGCCUACUCAAGGUUUGCAGUGUCUCCGAUGUUCCCAGAAAUAGAAAGCAAGUGGAGAACGCAAAAUAUAAGGGAAGGGAAGUUCGAAGUCAAGACGAGUUAUACGACCUAACCCUCAAAUCAAAAGAAGAGGAGGAAACGGGAAAAGUUUAUAUUCGACGCCUGCAAAUUGCACCUAGUCUGGCAUGCGUUUUGGCUUCUGAUAAGCAAGUUCAGGAUGUUAAGCGGUUUUGUGCCAAUACAACUGAAAAUUUUUCAGUGCUCUCCAUCGACAUAACUUUCAACAUUGGCGACUUCUAUGUGACACCUACAACCUAUAGGCAUCUGCUGCUGGACGACAGGAGAACUGAAAACCCCCCUCUUUUACUUGGGCCAACACUAAUACACACGAGAAAGGUGUUACGGGAAAAUUUACUGAUUUUCCCGUGUGUGUUAUUCCGAACAUAUUUAUUCGUAAACUUUCACAUUUAACCAUUUCAAGUCCUUUCAUUUCAAUAAAUCAAAAAUUGCUUUUCCGUUUUCUAUUUCCUAAGCUGCGCUGCUGCAAUUAAGAUAGGUAUUGUUUUCUAUAUCAGAGCUGUAAAUUCGCACCUAGGUUUCCUACUUUAAUGGCCUAGAGUUUAUUGCAUCCGUCUUUUUAAUUUUGAGAUUCUUUCCGUCGUGGAAACAGAUGGAAUAUUUAAGUAGUUUUUGUUUAGCUUCAAAGAGACUUUUUUUCCGCUCCUUUGUGUCCUUAUCCAAAUAUUGCGAUUCGUGUAACAAUAGCACUUCGCACCAGUUACUUCUUAAGCAAGUACCUUGUACAGCUUUGAUGAUUACAAACUAGAGUAUGCUAGAGGUCAUGUCGCUUGUUGGCCUGACCUAGAAUAAAAGUACUGUGGAACCAAAGAUUGUCUUAUCCUUGACGUCCGUACAAGCUUACUAGAAGUAGAUCUCCGUGUACCAGGAAAUCGUGACGAGUUUCCGUUCUCGCUGCCAAGUCGUCUCUACAGAGUUAGUUCCCCCAGUUGUUGUUGCACCGUCCGCGAAGAUUCAGUUUCCCAGUUUGGGCGAGAAAAACCUAUCGUCACAGUGGUGGUUACGCCGGGCACUUCUUGGAGCUUCCAGGACGUUAUCAAGGUCAGAGAAGACGCCAAAUCCAGUUUCACGCCAGCCGAUGUAAUCCCUUGAGCGCCGACAAGAAAAGAACCGCUCAAGUUACGUGAGUACCAGAAAUUUCUUUUGUCUCUUUAUGAAGUCCGUGAAGAGAGUUUUUACGAAAAGUUUGCCGCGUUAUAAUUUGAGAAGCCGAAAAUCAGCCGUUCCCGUUGCCAGAAAUAGUACGCCAAAAGUAAACAGAGAAGUGCAGGCUUCUUUGUCUGAAGAAGAAAAUUGUACAUUGUCGUUUGAAUUACCAUUCCACCCAAGUUCCUUGCCGCCCACGGCACACGUCACCAGUUCCAGCGAAGAAAUAGAACCUAUUCAGUCCAACGGCCUUCCGAGAUUUUCCACCGCAUUUUCCGAACAGAAUCCAGCCAACAGAACGAAUACCGAAGCGAUCGAUAUUAGUAUUGAUCCGUGUGAAGGCCCAUCCAUUGUUCAGCAAGGUUUACCAGAGCCAACGACCUCCUUUGUUCCGCGUCAAGAGAGCGACGCAAGUCCAUCCGAAGAUUUCAUCCCAAACCAGUCCAGUCAGUCACAUCACUGUCCCCGAACCGAUUUAGAAGUUGAGGAAACCAGCGAUUCCGAGGUCGACGAAUCCCUAGAAAGAAGAUUUUUGCAGAUAAUUAAUUCACCAGAGCAUUUUGACGCUUUGGUGCGAAAAAGCAUAAAUUACACAGAACCAAAACAAACAGCACCACAAAGAAGAUUUCGCUUCGAGUCAAGUUCUAGCGAAGGAAGCGAAGAGGAAGGAAACGAAGAUAAUACAGCAAAUAGUGAAGACGAACAAGAAGAAAAUUUAGAAUCCUGCGAAGACAUAAACAGCGAGACUGAACAACGACACUUCGCAACGAUGGAAGCUGAAUUACUGAGAGAAAUGCAGGACGAAAUAAAAGUGCUACGAGCCCAAUUAAAUCUACAGUCUCAAGCGCAACAACGAACAGCCAGCGCAUUGGCACAAACACCCCUACCAGAGAUUUCAAGCACACACAGACCACCCCCAUUUCAUGGCUAUGAUACUGAAGAUAUUAACCGAUGGUUAGACAAGAUAGAAAAUUACCUGAAGCUUCGUCGAAUUGACUUAACCAGCCCCACAGCUUUGGCAGAGUUGGUCAUGAACCUUGCUGGCCCAGCCGAGGAUUACUAUUAUUCUCUGACUCCUGAAGAGAAAGCUAGCUUCGCAGGCCUGCGUGAUUCCUUGAGGGAUCGUUUUGCUAAUGACAAUCAGAGCUGGAUAAUUUGGCAGGCCGUUUCCACUCGUCAGCAAGGCGCCAUGGAAUCCUUGGACACAUAUCUAACUGAUUUAACGAACAAGUUUCGUCGGCUUAAAAUAGCAGAUGCCGAUAAGAUGCGUUACUUCGUCCAAGGAUUGAGACCAGAAAUACGCGAGACUGUGCUUUUGAAACAGCCCAGAACAUUCCGCGAAGCUGAAGAAAUGGCCAGGUUGGCGUGUGCGGUCAAAACGACCAUGAACAAUGCUCCUGAUGGCAAUAUGACAGCCCAGAUACAUAAUUUGUCACGUUCCAUGGACGUCCCCAACAGCGCCAUAUUAGCUAAAAUAGAAAUGUUGGACGAGAAGCUUAAACAACAAAGGAUUCUCGCCAAGCCUGAUCCGCCCGCACCAGAAAACCAUACCUUGGCCAAACUCGACGCCCUGGUAAACGGAUUCACUAGCGAGGCCAGUGUUCACCAAGUAGAAGCUCUGCUAGCCAGAAUUGACCAGCUCGAAAAAGCUGCCAGGAAAACGGAAGGUAGUCGAGUUACGCCUCUAGCAGCUUAUUCAGCCGGGAGCCCAGAAACACGCGAUGUAUUCAAGGAAAUUCGCCAGAUAAAGGACACUUUAUUGGACAUGAUACAAAACCUUGACAGACGCAUGGACGCCCGAAUAAAUGGUCUUGCCAGACGCCAACAACCCAACCGUGAAGCCGAACUUCCAAGACAGCGAACGCGAGAAGGACGACCAGUUUGUUAUUCUUGCGGUAGAGUUGGCCAUGUACAGAAGAACUGCAACCAGAGAUAUUCGCGCGAGGCGAAUCAAAAUUUUGAUCGUUACCAACCGCACCAGCAGCGACGUCAGCCGCCUGAUAAUAAUCUUCCGAGAUCUGGGUAUCAAUCACAGCGACGUGAUGGAUUGGCUCCCUUGGAUCCAAGAGUUCUUAAUUCAGCCACUGUUAACGAGGAAGCUUUCCCACACAGCCACAUGGCACCAUUAGCACACAAUGGCACUUGUUAUGUAUUCCCACAGAGUGAAGGAAAGUUCCCAGGACUGAACUCAGGCAGGAACGACUCGCAAGUCGACAAUGAAAUUUUCCAGCAGCGCCAAAAUGUGCUCCGAUCCCACCGAGAAGUAGCCAGAGAAGAUAAAGUGGCAUACAAUACGCUAACGAGCGAGUUCUUCCCAACCUCAAAACAACAAUCGGACGAUAUACGGCCACAUUACAGGCACGCUUAUGCAAAUGAUGGAAUUUAUGGAAACACAUCCGCUGACCACUCUGAGAAUGACCUACUGGAAGGUCUGGUGACGAAAACCGACGCAGAUAUAGCCACCCGUCCACUGGGACCGACAAAAACUCUCAAGGCAGAGAAGAAGAAGCCUAACAGUAAGAAAAAGUGCCAGCCAAAUAGACUUAUUUCGUUCCCCGGGGUAGUUCGCCGAGCUCAAAAGACGAUUGAAACCAACACCAGUCAAAGUAUGAACCCUGAGAACGAGGUGAAAAACGGCUCUUCUCCAGAUCCUUCUCCGCCACAGAUUAGCACUUCCGCUGGAUGUGAACCUGAAUCAGUCAUCUCAGCUCCAGAUCCCCCUCUGCCACCACCUAGCACUUCCGCCGGAUGUGAACCUGAUCCAGUCAUCUCAGUUACAGACCCCUCUGUGCCACCACAACCAAAUACUUCCGCCGGAUAUGAGGAAAAUUCACCACCCAGUGGCCCGGUUCCUGACGAGACCCCAUGUGAAUCCCUUGAAGCUACCGCUGUCCAAUGUAACGUUACGUCCGAUGAGCUCAGACCACGUGAUUCUAUGGUCACCGCCCAGUUGAAUCAGAAAGACGCAGGGCUACUUGUAAACACCAGAGCAAACAUGUCUGCCAUUGAUGAACAGUCCACCAGAGACCUAUUUGACGGGAAAUUACCAAGGUUACAGAAAACCCCCCCUGACUGCCAGUUAUCAGAUCCAGUAGAGGACGUUAGAUGCUUUGAAGACAGUGACAAUCUCAGCCCUUAUCCUGUUCCUCAAAAAUUUCCAGACACAGACUUUAGGAUGUUUGACAUGCAAGAGCAAAUUAACGAGCUUGGAACGAAGCUAGAUGGAAUCGUCCGGAAUAUAAAGCCUAAACAGGAAGUUAGUUAUAAAUGGAGGAAGUACAGUUUCAAGACUAAACCCGUAUGUUAUCGAUGUGGACGCCGUGGCCAUAUUCAGUAUUACUGCAACUAUAACCAAUCUAAUGACGGUUUCCAGAAGGAGAGACAGGUCCUACAUCGUGCUACCCGACCAACUUACUGUCAACCAGAAGAAUCUUCCACUUACGAAGAAGAGAACCAGUCAGAUGUUGAAGGGACUGCAUCACAACUCGAGAGUCAGGAAAACGCCACAAACGACCCUAAUUUAUUACAGAAGAUGAAGCCGACACGAACCAGUGACCAGAGUAGAAAGCCGAGAAAUCCAAACCAGAAGCCAAGAAAGUUACAAAUGUCAAAUCAGUCAAGUGUUCAGCUACCUCUCGUAAAUGAAGGAGACACGUACCCUAGGAACCUGGUCACUAAAGGUAAAAUAGCAGGAAAACCUGUUCGUCUAAUGUUGGAUACUGGUGCAAGCGUUUCAGCUAUAAAAGAAGAAGUUUUAAAAGAGAUCUACGGUGACGUUCCCUUCUCCACAGUUCAGACUGGGAAAGACAACCUACAGCUAAGAAGAAUUACCUUGCCGUUAUAUCUUAAGGAAAGUCAGUUCCCUUGUGAAUUCCAGGUCGUGCAGAACCUUACUUAUGACGCCAUCCUUGGUCGCGAUUCCCUCCAAGUAAACAGAGCUAUGAUUGACCUCGAUAACAACACCCUUACUCUAAAAGAAUCAGCAAAUCAACAAAAGCAAACAUGUUCAGCCUCAACGCCUUUGACAGGAACAUUUAAACCUCAAGAAAAAUAUGUCAGAAGAAAUGGACACGCCCCUCCAAGUGAAGGUUCAGUGCAGCCUCCUGUAGGAAACUUACCUUCCCGUUAUCCAAAGAACAAAGAAGUUGCAAUAAGCCAGUCACUAUUGAUAUUAGUGCUCAUUUCCGUGUCCCUGUCCGCAACAUUUCACACCGAUGCAAAUGGUAACUUCAGGUCUGUUAUCCAAAAACCACCACCUUCAUUCGCACAGGUGUCACAAAAGGUUUGGCACCAAGGCGAUCUUUCUGAUACCCCAGCCAAAAUUGAUUACAGAAUGGAAUCUAACGAGGGAUUUGAUCAAUAUCAAGAAGCACCUCCAGGAAUGGAAAUGCCUAAGUUCAUGAUGCACUUAGGAAGACUACUUAUCCUCAGACCCAUGACUGACUUUAGCAACAAGUAGAGAGUACCACUUAGCUGUUGACCAAGAAGUAAGAUAGGAUCAAGACGAUUGUUAACUUGUUAUUUUUUAAAUUCUUCCAAGAAAUAGGUUAACAACUCCUUAGUAAAUAGAAGGUUACGCGCAGUAAGAAAUACGACAUAAGGGCAUGCAAGAAGAGAAAUAUUGCUUUAACUCGAGUUAAUGGUUAUAAGAAUGCCAAGUGCAAUGGUCACUAUGACCUCUAAGUUUCUAGGAGUUUUUCUCGACCAGGAGGUCUCGAUUUAAGGUGGGAGGAAUGUUACGGGAAAAUUUACUGAUUUUCCCGUGUGUGUUAUUCCGAACAUAUUUAUUCGUAAACUUUCACAUUUAACCAUUUCAAGUCCUUUCAUUUCAAUAAAUCAAAAAUUGCUUUUCCGUUUUCUAUUUCCUAAGCUGCGCUGCUGCAAUUAAGAUAGGUAUUGUUUUCUAUAUCAGAGCUGUAAAUUCGCACCUAGGUUUCCUACUUUAAUGGCCUAGAGUUUAUUGCAUCCGUCUUUUAAUUUUGAGAUUCUUUCCGUCGUGGAAACAGAUGGAAUAUUUAAGUAGUUUUGUUUAGCUUCAAAGAGACUUUUUUUCCGCUCCUUUGUGUCCUUAUCCAAAUAUUGCGAUUCGUGUAACAAUAGCACUUCGCACCAGUUACUUCUUAAGCAAGUACCUUGUACAGCUUUGAUGAUUACAAACUAGAGUAUGCUAGAGGUCAUGUCGCUUGUUGGCCUGACCUAGAAUAAAAGUACUGUGGAACCAAAGAUUGUCUUAUCCUUGACGUCCGUACAAGCUUACUAGAAGUAGGUCUCCGUGUACCAGGAAAUCGUGACGAGUUUCCGUUCUCGCUGCCAAGUCGUCUCUACAGAGUUAGUUCCCCCAGUUGUUAUUGUUCCGUCGCAAAGAUUCAGUUUCCCAGUUUGGGCGAGAAAAAAAUUAUCGUCACAAAGGAUAGCGACACCUUCAGCUACUUUGGAGCCACACUUACAGGACUUGAAAACGGCACCAGAAACAUACGAUUUAUAGGGUCAGACCAAGAAGAUGCCGUUGAGAAGGGAAUGAGUCCUUAUCUUCCUGUUGCAACAUGGCUUGCUUGCAAACGUCACGUGGUAGAGGACUGUAAAGGAAGCUUCGCUCGUUAGGAAUCUCAUCAGAGUACCUUACAGCUUUUCUACGUGACAUAUUUGGGUCUGAUGCCAACCAUGAAAAAGGGCUCAUCGAUUCCGAAGGAUGCAUGGACUUUGAUGCUAAACUUGAGAGUUUGGAAAAAGUAUGGAAUUCAAGAGAAAAAACAUCAAGGGGUACAGCACUCUCCGAUUCAAGCAAAGUAGUAUUCCACAAGUACUUUGUCGCACACGUUGCGGAAGACAUGAAGAAGAAGAUGAUUUCCCCCGUUAGAAAACGUGCUGGCCUAGGGGAAGCCUUUUUUUACAACAACGCAGCAGAGUCCAAACAUCAGCGGAUAAAAGCACGAAAAGGGCAGAUGUACGGGGAAAGAAAACUCGCCUGGACUGAAGUAGUUGACUUGCUAAAAUCUAUUUCUGAAGAGGAGGAAAGGAAUUGCGAAAGGGCUAUUGUGGAUGAGGGUCCUUUCAAGAUAAGGCAGCAAUACAGUUCCAAGCUUCAUGUUCCCUUCUCCACCUACAUCGGGAAGUCGCACGCCCAAAAGGAGAAGAUUAAUAGGAGAGUUCAUGAAAUUUCAAUGGAGGCAUUUUUACAACUGGAAGAAGGCUCGAUCAAUAAUGCAAAGGCUAAGAACAAGAAUCUGACCAAAUGCGCUUACAAGAACAUGCCAAAGUCAGUCGAUGGGAAACCUGGAGAAGCCGAACGGAAAAGAAAACGUAAUCCCCAGUGCGAGCGUUCACCUAGCAAAUACACAGAAAGAGUUCCUACCCCUCCGAAACCAACACUUAACGCCAAUACCUUCAAAGUUAAAUGGCUCAAGAACUCGAGAGUUUACAGAUGUUAUGGGUGUCGGCAAAACAUCCGUCCCAAACCCCAGAAAGGCGAAACGGAAAUUGUUCCUCCACCACCUUGGGACUUUGUUCUCGCACGACUGGAACUCCGGCUAAUCUCUAAUGGUGCUGGUGAGCUGAAGAUGUCCAUCAAGCCGGAACCAGUGCAUUAUCACCCAAAAUUGUCCUGCAUUCGCAACGCCCACGACAAAAAGUAUUAUCCGUCGGUGGAAGUAACGGAUGCUGACAAGGAGGUGAUGGAUGAUAUUCAUCUUCGGCAUUUACGAAGCGAGUUCGGUCUAUGA